GCGGAGUCGGGUUCAUCAUAGCUCCGGACCAACCCCCGUUUUCACAUCCGCUUCCGUCAUUCAUGGGUCUCCAACGGUGCCGCCACCACGAACAGUCCCAUCGCCUUUACAAACUUGUUUUAUCUCUCCUUGUGUUUGCACUUACCGGGAUCGGUCCGCGUUGAAGUUAGUCUAUACAGCCUUUUUCACAGUCUCAUUCUUUUCCAACUGCGUACAUAACCCUCCAAAGCAUUCGUCUCAAGACCCAACACACACACACACACACACACACACACCAGCGCAACUGGGUGCCUUCCAGGGAUUAGCGUACAGGGUUCCAUGGGAAAAGAACACCCUUGGCUCUGAAUGCCCAGCUGAGGGGAAGCUCAGCUCCGUCUCCGUACCGCAAGAUACCUAGGCGAAGCUCACCUCUAACUCCCAGCCUCGGGAUCGGAAGGGACUAUAUUGCUGAUACUUCCUCCUGAUAUUUCGUUACAACCACUUCCAAUCCGAAUAAAGUGCAACAUCUGGUACGGCUUUCACGACAAACCAGCAAACUCCUUUCACGAUCGCAAAGCCGCAUCUGUAAUUCACUUACAAUGACAAUUAAAUCACGAUGGCAGAACGAGAUCCCUAGUUGCUCUCUGCAGCAAUGGAUCUUUGGAUCAUCUCGCGGGCCCCUCGAGGGUAGUAAAGUCUUUAUCGAUGCCGACCGUCCAGACACUCACUACCUUACCAUCAACGAGUUUAGAUUGGUGGCCAAGCGUGUCGCUAUAGGUCUCCAAGCAGCGGGUUUGAAACCGGGCGAUCGUGUGUUGGUCUAUUCUGGAAACAGCAUCUGGUUCCCGGUUGUCCUCAUAGGCGUCCUCAUGGCCGGCGGCAUCUUCACCGGCGCCAACCCCGGGUUCGUUGCCCGGGAACUUGCGUAUCAACUACGCGACAGCGGCGCUUCUUUCAUGUUCGCUGCCCCCGUUGUCAUGGACGUUGCACUCGAAGCUGCAGCCGAGGCAAAGAUGAAACCAUCGCAGAUAUUCAUCUUUGACCCGGAAAUAAAUGCCAAAGAUGAAGAGCCUCAAUACGAACCUGACAGCGAGGGCAGCGGUACCCGUCACUGGGCCGAGCUGCUCAAGGGCACACUAGCCAAGGCCGAGACGUGGGAUUGGGUCGAGCCGGCAAACCCUGCCGAGGCGACCUGCUGCCUAAACUACAGCUCAGGAACGACGGGUGUACCCAAAGGCGUCGAGAUAUCACACAGCGCCUACGUCGCAAAUGGCGACGGUGUCACCUUUGUCAUGAAUCUCGAUCCUGACCUGGCAGUGAAUAAGAAGUCUCUAACCCAUCUUUGCUUCCUGCCAAUGUACCACGCCAUGGCUCAGACAUACUUUGUUGCAAAUUACCCACGCCGGCGUGAUCCCACCUACAUCAUGCCGUACUUUGACUUCGAAAAAAUGCUUCAGCACGUGCAGAACUACCGCAUCAACGCCCUGGUUGUCGUCCCGCCCAUCGUGGUGGCAUUGGCCAAGCACCCGCUUGCCCGCCAGUACGAUCUUAGCUCCGUGGAGAACCUUGGCUGCGGCGCGGCCCCGCUCGGCGCCGAAGCCAUCAAGGAGUGUGAGGCGCUAUGGCCCGACGGCAGCGUCAAGAUCAGGCAGGGUUGGGGCAUGACCGAGGUGACGUGCACGGCGCUCGGCUGGGACCCUAGACUCGAGGCAACAGAAACGACAGCUGUGGGCGAACUCAUGCCCAACUUCUAUGCCAAGCUCGUUGAGACCGACGGCUCCGAUAGACCUAUCACUGAGGCCAACAAGAGAGGCGAACUGUGGGUAUCGGGGCCAACGAUGCUCAAGGGUUAUUGGAACAACCCCCAGGCGACCAAUGCGACCAUUGUAUACGACAAGGAGGAGAACAGGCGGUACCUUCGUACGGGCGACAUCGCAUACGUCGAGCGGUACGAGGCUGGCACGCCCUUUCACGUCGUCGACCGGCUUAAGGAGCUCAUCAAGGUCAAAGGGAACCAGGUGGCGCCGGCCGAGCUCGAGUCCGUCCUUCUCCAGCGCCCCGAUAUCAUCGACGUCGGCGUUGUGGGUGUCACAAUCAAGGGCGAGGAAUACCCGCGUGCGUACGUUGUCCUAGCCCCCGGAGUCAAGACUACGGGCGAGGAUAUUGUCAAGUGGAUCGAGCCCAAGGUUGCCAAGUACAAACAGUUGAAGGGCGGUGUGGCCAUCGUCGAUGCCAUUCCCAAGAACCCUUCUGGGAAAAUCCUUCGCAAGAUCCUCCGUGAGCAGGCGAAGGCUGAGGUUGGAGACAAACCGUCCAAGUUGUAGUACUGAAAAGCGCCUGGCACUCCGAGACGCAGUCGCUCGGGCGAAGUGAUGGGUCUCGCAGAGCAUCAUGGUCUAGCCGUGGAGCGUCAUACCUGCAGAUGAAGUCAAUGUAAUUGGGGAUUUGAUGUAAGACUAUCUAAAUUUACGAUGGAACGUAACAGAAGCAAACAUGCCUGUACGUGCACGCCUGCGUCGCCAAGACAGGCACGCGAAUUGGAUGUGAAAGAGUCCAGGUAGACGAACUACGAAGUAGAUUAGUUGGGUAGGUACCUACCUACCUAAUUUAUCGCCAACGGAAUCAAUCGC